AUGGAGCCGGGAGCGCCGGCCCGGCAGACUGCUAUGGCGCCGCUGCUGGAGUAUGAGCGGCAGCUGGUCCUGGAACUACUCGACACGGACGGGCUCGUCGUGUGCGCCCGCGGGCUCGGCGCGGACCGGCUCCUCUACCAUUUCCUCCGGCUGCACUGCCACCCGGCAUGCCUGGUGCUGGUGCUCAACACGCAGCCGGCCGAGGAGGAGUAUUUUAUCAAUCAGCUGAAGAUAGAAGGAGUUGAACACCUCCCUCGACGUGUAACCAAUGAAAUCACAAGCAACAGUCGCUAUGAAGUGUACACACAAGGCGGUGUGAUCUUUGCAACAAGUCGAAUACUUGUGGUUGAUUUCUUAACCAAUAGGAUACCUUCAGAUUUAAUUACUGGCAUCUUAGUGUACAGAGCUCACAGAAUAAUCGAGUCUUGUCAAGAAGCAUUCAUCUUGCGCCUCUUUCGCCAGAAAAACAAACGUGGUUUCAUUAAAGCUUUCACGGACAACGCUGUCGCCUUUGAUACUGGUUUUUGUCAUGUGGAAAGAGUGAUGAGAAAUCUCUUUGUAAGGAAGCUGUAUCUGUGGCCAAGGUUCCAUGUAGCUGUAAACUCGUUUUUAGAACAGCACAAACCAGAAGUCGUAGAAAUUCAUGUUUCUAUGACCCCUGCCAUGCUUGCCAUUCAGACUGCUAUACUGGACAUUUUAAAUGCGUGUCUAAAGGAAUUAAAAUGCCAUAACCCGUCGCUUGAAGUCGAAGAUUUAUCUUUAGAAAAUGCUAUUGGAAAACCUUUUGACAAGACAAUCCGGCAUUAUCUGGAUCCUUUGUGGCACCAGCUUGGAGCCAAGACUAAAUCCUUGGUUCAGGAUUUGAAGAUAUUACGAACUUUGCUGCAGUAUCUCUCCCAAUAUGAUUGUGUCACAUUUCUUAAUCUUCUGGAAUCUCUGAGAGCAACAGAGAAGGCUUUUGGUCAGAAUUCAGGUUGGCUGUUUCUUGACUCCAGCACCUCGAUGUUUAUAAAUGCUCGAGCAAGGGUUUAUCAUGUUCCAGAUGCCAAGAUGAGUAAAAAAGACAAAAUGUCUGAAAAAAUGGAAAUUAAAGAAGAGCAAGAAACAAAAAAGGAACUGGUCCUGGAGAGCAACCCGAAGUGGGAAGCACUAACCGAAGUGUUGAAAGAAAUUGAGGCAGAAAAUAAGGAGAGUGAAGCCCUUGGGGGUCCAGGUCAAGUACUAAUUUGUGCGAGUGAUGACCGAACAUGUUCCCAGCUGAGGGAGUAUAUCGCUAUUGGAGCAGAGGCCUUCCUGUUGAGGCUCUACAGGAAGACCUUUGAGAAGGACAGCAAAGCUGAAGAAGUAUGGAUGACAUUUAGAAAGGAGGACACCUCAAAGAGAAGGAUGAAAUCCACCAAAAGACCCAAAGACCCCCAAAACAAAGAAAGGACUUCUACCAAAGAAAAGACUCGCAAAAAGAAAAAACGAAAGUUGACUUUAACUCAGAUGAUGGGAAAGUCUGAAGAACUGGAGGAGGAAGGGGAUGCCAAGGAAGUGUGUCCUAGAGGCUUAAGCAGUAGCCCAGGAAGCUGCUCAGAAGAAAUUAAGCAUGAGGAAUUUGAUUUAAACUUGUCAUCGGAUGCAGCCUAUGGAAUCCUGAAAGACCCGCUCACCAUCAUCCAUCCCCUUCUGGGCUGUAGUGACCCCUACGCUCUGACAAGGGUGCUGCACGAAGUGGAGCCAAGAUAUGUGGUUCUGUACGACGCAGAGCUCACGUUUGUUCGUCAGCUUGAGAUUUACAGGGCAAGUAGGCCUGGGAAACCUCUGAGGGUUUACUUUCUUAUAUAUGGGGGUUCCACCGAGGAACAGCGCUACCUCACUGCUUUGCGGAAAGAAAAGGAAGCUUUUGAAAAACUCAUAAGGGAAAAGGCUAGCAUGGUUGUCCCUGAAGAAAGAGAAGGCAGAGAUGAAACAAACCUAGACCUGGUAAGAGGCUCCGUGUCUACAGGUGUUCCCACUGACACUCGGAAAGCAGGUGGCCAGGAACAGAAUGGCACACAGCAAAGUAUAGUUGUGGAUAUGCGUGAGUUUCGAAGUGAACUCCCAUCCCUGCUCCAUCGUCGGGGCAUUGACAUUGAACCGGUGACCUUAGAGGUCGGAGAUUACAUUCUGACUCCAGAAAUGUGCGUGGAACGCAAGAGCAUCAGCGACCUGAUUGGCUCUUUAAAUAGCGGCCGCCUCUACAGCCAGUGCAUCUCCAUGUCCCGCUACUACAAGAGGCCCGUGCUUCUGAUCGAGUUUGACCCCAGUAAGCCCUUCUCGCUCACUUCCCGAGGUGCCUUAUACCAGGAGAUCUCCAGCAGUGACAUUAGUUCCAAGCUCACCCUCCUGACGCUUCACUUCCCCAGGCUGCGGAUUCUCUGGUGCCCCUCCCCUCACGUCACUGCCGAGCUGUUUGAGGAGCUAAAGCAAAAUAAGCCACAGCCUGAUGCCGCCACAGCCACGGCUGUCACCGCCGACUCGGAAACCCUCCCCGAGUCGGAAAAAUACAAUCCUGGUCCCCAAGACUUCUUGUUAAAAAUGCCAGGGGUAAACGCCAAGAACUGUCGCUCCUUGAUGAGCCGUGUUAAGAACAUUGCAGAGUUAGCAGGCCUGUCUCAAGACGAGCUCGCAGGUAUCCUGGGGAACGCUGCACAUGCUAAGCAGCUUCACGCCUUCCUUCACACCUCUUACGCAGAGGUUGUGUCUAAAGGAAAGAUGAAAAAAUGAACCACGGCGGCUGUUCUCUUAUCUCGUGACUGCGGUUCAGCUGCCCUUUGCCAGCAGCAAUAGGUCAUUAUUCAUUAUCAGUUCAGUAUUUCAUUCUCUUUCGAUGCUUUUAAUGAUUGUGCGGUCUGUUUCCUAGGUCAGAGGACCAGACACCAAGAUUCCUCUCUGAACUCUGCAUUUAGGCGUCAUUUUAACUUUCCCAUGCCAGCUCUCCUCCCUCCCUGCAUUGUCCACGCCAGGUUUAACAUGCUCCAUUUUUAAAUGAGGUGUGUCAGGAUCAGCUACGGUGUCUACAUGUGUUCGUAGAAGGCCAUUUUUAAGACAAGCAGAAAUGUAGGUUUCCUACACCAACUGAUAAAACACACAAUUGUGUUCUUACCCUCUGUCUACAGAGGGGCCCCCUGGAUCCCUGAGAAGGAAACAUCUCUCUGACCUUGCUGACAAGUUCUCUCCGCCACAUUUUCCUCAACCAUAUGCUUCCUCCACCUGUCUGCCUCCAAGAAAAAUUCAUGGGGACUUCCCACUACUAACUUAAGACAGCCACCUCUAUAACUGGCUGAAUAAUUUUCUAAUCACCUGAAUGUAUGUAGCAUAACUUGAUUGUUUGAAACUAGUAUUUUUAAAAUAUAAAAUGAAUUACCUGUUUACAGAAUUUGAUGGUAUAGGUGAAGGAGCCCUUAGAAGUCUCAGUUUUUACAGAUGCUUAACCUCUUAAAUCCCAGAGAUGUCUAAGCCCAAAUGGCUAGAUACAGAAUCUUGAAACUUCCUCGUUUCCCAGCCUCUCUGCACAUAUCCCCAGACCACCAGCACUGUAACUUCUGGAAACGCAAUGUCAGCUCAUCUCCUCUUGACUCCACUUCUCACGUCCCUGUGUCUCCUUGCAUCUUGGUGUGAGGAUUCGGAUACAAGCAAAUGAGGGGCCCACAAAGUUUUAAGAUUUGGUUUUCCUUCCUUGAGUUGAAAUAAAAGGAUUGUAAAUAAAUGGGAGAUCAAUGCAUAGAAUACAUAGCAAUUCUAAAGAAAUACUUUAAAAUCCAUAUUGAAAACAAUCUCAUUCUAAACCUUCUGAUUGAUUUGGUUUAGCUUUUUACUGAAGUGUACAUACAGGACAUCCAUAGCAUCUUUGUGCAAUUUUUAAACUUUUAUAUUUAAACAUUAUUAACUUAGAUAUUCUUCACGUAUUUAGUAAUGAGUAGCAAAUUUCCUACCUCAAGAGCUAAUAUAGACAUCAAUUCUACCAGCCGUAUCACACAGUGUAACGUUUCAUCCGUGUCAGCCGUGUUUGUGUUUGUCACACUGUUGGAACUCAGAGUGGACAGUGGACCACAUAACACAAAAUGGUCUCAGCGGUCACAGAAGUGCUUUUACCUGUCCUGAACCUCUCACGCUGCCAUCUUGAUUUCUUGGUGUGUUAACGUAUGUUAAUACUGUUAAAGUGUAUGUGAGCUUUGAACUCAAUACAGGGGAACUGCGAGAAUGAUUGAGGGAUAUCAAGGAUCCAUAUUGGUUAUCAUCAAACUCUGUACAGUGUUUUGGAGAGAAGAGGGCAAGAAACAAAAAUUAGUUUAGGUGGAAUAAAGAUUUGGGCUACUCAUUUUGUCCCAAGGUUAAAAAUACACCCUUCAGAAUAGAAAACAAAAAUGUCAGGUACAUAUGUUAAUUUCCACUUUGGUAUUUAUUUCUUUCUUUAAGAGUUCAGUCAUAGUUAAAAGAACAUUAAAAUAGACACGCCACCUCAUAUAGUAAUAGUUAUUGUGAUUGUUCUUCAUCCUGUUCUAGCACCACUGCUUGAGGUAUGUAAUUUCUAUUUUUUUCUUUUUGUAUAGUUCCACCUGCCUUUUAUUGUUCCUUCAUUACAUAAAAGGAAAAUCCUAACAUAGCACAUUCUUUGAUAAGAGUUUCACUCCAAGUUAAGUUUUCAAAAAUAAGCUCUUCUAGGGGCCGGCCCGGUGGCAUAGUGGUUAAAUUUGGCGCGCUUUGCUUCGGCGGCCUGGGUUCACGGGUUCGGGUCCCGGGCGCAGACCUACACCACUCACCAGCCAUGCUGUGACGGCAACCCACAUACAAAAUAGAGGAAGACUGGCACAGAUGUUAGCUUAGGGCCUGUCUUCCUCACCAAAAAAGUAAAAUGAAAUAAGCUCUUAAAACUAUCAUUUUAAACAGUCCUUGUUAUCUAGUACAACAUAGAUAAGUCUUAAUUGUAUUUAGCAAGCCAGUGUCCUCUGACUCACAACUUCUGUUAUUUGCUAUUGUAUCUAUUGGACAUUUGAAGACAGGUGCACCGUCUUGUGUGUAUUUGAAUUAUGAGCAGUAGUUUCUAAUGAAUUCUAAAAUGGUCAUUAUAGAUGAAAGGCUCUCACUGCCACUUCCUCUUCCAACUAAAUAAAUAUAUUUUAAGUGUCCAGUUGUGGAAAGCCAUCAAUACAACCGUGGUGUAUUUACUUUUAUCAAGUUCUUUUACAGAUUUUUACAACCUGAGAAUCUUUGGCAGAGGAACUAGAAAUGCACACAGUUGCAAAAUUAAUAUAGCACUUUAUUGUCUAGCAUCAUUUUGUUAACUUUGCCUUUUUCUCUCAAAAUGGUAAACAUCCAGUUUACUUAUGAACUCAUGCUUAGCUUUUUUAAACCCUUUUUUUAAAAUGCGAUAUCAACAUUAUUCUAUUUUUACAAGUCUUUUGCACAAAAAUUUGAGCAUAUGAAAUAUUGUGAGACAUCGUUUUCUGUUUUGUUUGUUUAAAUCAUAGUGCCUCUCUUGAUAUUUCCUUAAAAUUAGACAAGAAGAAGUCAUUUCUAAUAGUGGCUAUAAAUAAUGUCCUUUUGGCAAUAAGUUACUGUUUCUUCAAUCUGAGGCUUAGUAGACUGUAUAUCUACAUGUGUUUGAGUUCAUCUACGAUGCACUUCCCAGCUCGUGAGGGACUGGAAAUUAUUGUCCCAUUCAUCAACCUGUUGAGACACAGAGGGUUACGUCUAGAUUUGGUUGUGUUGAGAUAACAGAGUAGAGAAUGAAUCAGUGGCCUUCAGCAGGAAAACCUACACUGACACAAAUCUGAAGAAGUGCGUGGAGGGCAAGAGACGAGCAUUAAUAGUCUUUGCUUUUGUUUUUCAAGCAUAAUUUGAUUUUCCUUUAGCUCAGAAAACUUCUUUAGGGAAAUUCCCUUGUGUUCAGUUUAACCUAAAAAUGUGUUCUUAAAAACCAACAUUUUAAGAAAGUUCUUUGCCUCAGCCUUGUGUGUAUUAAAAUUUAUCCUGACUUCAACGUGAGUUGCCAUUUUUCUUCAUUAUUUUGCUUUCUAUUUUGGUUUCUAGCUAUUUCCUGUCUGAUUCUGAACUUCAGUGCUUAAUUUACCAUCUUUAUCCACAGGGUUUUGGUCGCCUCCACCACUGUUGUUUUUUGACUUAAGAGUAUGUAAGCCAAAAUUUGGAUGGGAGGGAGACAUAACUGAUUUAUAUCAAUUUGUAGCAGAGUUAUGUGUGUGUUUUUAAUAAAAUGUGUAUUUAUUGAGUUUUUUCCUUAGCAUUCUGUGGGCAAAGUAAAAAUAACAGUGUGUAGUGAAAGGGCAUAUAUUGCCAGUGCAUAAAUUUACCAACAUGUUGGUAAAUAUCAUUUAAAAUCCAGAGAAUAUUUCAUCUGUUCUCUUUUUGUGGUACGGAAUAAAUGAUUAAAGCUGAACUGUUCUUUGAAGCACUGCUGCUGCGUUUGACUUGCUGGGUAAACCCACUUUCUAAGGCUUCGGCGUAUUUUUCUCUUGGUUAUUUUCCUUUACUGCUUUUCAUUUUGUAGCAUGUCUCAAAGAGGGAAAAAAUCUAUUCUUCUGAAAAUACUCAUUUGUUGACAUGUAAUGAAUAUGUGGUAAGCACAAUGCCUGGGACAUCGUAGCAAAGAUUAAUUUCCUGCCACCCCUGACUCAUACAUUUUUGUUCCUUUAACGUCAAAGUUGAAAGAAAUGAAUUACCCUUUUGACACUUCUAGAAUUUGUUAUAAUCUCUUAAAUGAGCGUAUUUAUUAGUUUACUAAUUGGCUCAUUUCGGUGAUUUAAUUAUUUUUGCUUCUGCUUUAAAAUGAAGAACCGAAUCCCUUUUAGACAAGGCAUAAAACAGAUUAUUUCUCAAAAUGUGUUAAUGUCAGAAUGAAGACGCUGGUAGAAGAAUUAACCCUUAGUGGUACUGUAACUCACAUUUCCUGGGCGCCUCUGCAUUGUCUCAUUUAACCCUCAUCACAAAGCCAUCAAGAUACUAUCACUUAAAAUCCUCUUUUAUAAUGGCGAAACUGAGGCACAGAGAGGGUCAGUAAUUUGCCCAAGGUCACCCAGUAGUAAAUGAUGGAACCAUGAUUUGAACCCAAGCAGUCUGACUCCAGAGCCCAUGAUGAGACACCAGCGGCGAGCGGUGUGGGGAGAGAGUGGGAGACUUGUUCGUGUCCACUUUCUUAUCUCUAAUUACAAAUAUGUCAUAGAAAAAGCAAAUUGGUUUGUUUUCAUGCUUCUCAGUUAAUAGUGUCGAGAGCAAGUAGGCAGAACUUGGGGAAAAUCAAGAGGCUGCUGAGCCCUUUUCUGUGUAGAGCUGGGGGUGUGCAGGAGCCUCUGCUGCCCGGGGACUAUCUGAUCUCUAGGGCUGCCUGCGCACCUUUUGUUGACUGACUGGGAAGGCUGUUUCUGCAGCUUUAUAAGAGUAGAGGUUUGACUUGUGAAAACCAGACAGCAAUCCAAGUGAUUCUUGUCCAGUAGCAUCGCAAAGGUUAUUGCCUCGUGGGACAUCCACUAGCUUUGCAUUUGUUAGCAAAUUUCCUUCUGCAAUUCCUUUGACCAACUGUAAAUCUCUGGGUCCUUGGAUUUUGUUUUGAAUCAGUCUUAACGUCUUACUGAUUUCCUCAUUAAUUGAAUCAAAUAAAAUCUUUGACUUCUGG